AUACCUUAAAAAAUAUUGAUUGAAAAUUUUAUAAUAAAAAACAAACAAAAAAAAAAAAGAAUUUAUAAACAAAGUAACUGGAAAAAGAAAAAGAGAGAAUAAAACAAAUAUUCAAUUCUUGCAAAAUUAAGUGUCCUGGAAAAUUCUAUUAAUAUUUCUUUUAAUAGAGAAAUAAUAACAAAAACAAAAGUGUUAAACAAAGACAAGAAGAAAAAAAAAAUUAUUGAAAAAGUAAAAAAACAAAGUGACAAAAUUAUUCCUGAAAUUUUAAAACUAAAAUUUAUUUUAAUAAUUCCACCUUAGAAUUUCGUAUUUAAAAUUAAAUAUUUCAAAAAACAAAGAGUUGUUAACCAUUAAGUUAUUUAACCUUUAUUUCCAAGCGUCAUACUUACCAUUUCAACUUUUUCUACUUAAAAUCCAGCAACGUUAAAUGAAAAACAUCUAGAAGACAAAACAAAAGGAACCCAAAAACAGAAAAAAAAAAUUUUUUUUUUUAAAUCUUCUUUUUGUACCUACUACAUUCCUACAUAUUCUGUUUUUGUCGCCCCUAAACGAUAGGCAAAGUUAAGUAACAAACAAAAAACAAAAUAUCAACCUUAAACAUCCAACUUUAGAAAUUUAUAACAAAAAAAAGAUUAAAAAACCAAAUCGUAAUACCAAUAUCGGAAUCAUAAUUAAAUUCUACGUCGAAGAGUGCGGAGAAAAACUGACAAUUGAAAAGUAAGAGAAUAUUAAAGUGAAGGACAGGAAAGAAAUAAUUACAAUAUUUUAUAUACAAAAAAAAAAAAAGACAAAAAAGAAAGAAAACCUGUGCGAAAAAUUAUUGAAUUACAGUUGUAAAGUCCACUUUUGUGUGAGUCAUUCGUGUAUAAUAAUAAAGAUAAAAAUACAACAAUAGGAAAAUAAAUAAAUAAAAGAAAAAGUAAAAGAACAAACAAAGAGACCAAGAAACCAAGAAAAGAAAAAAUAAAAAAAAAUGGCUGAUGAAAAAAAAGAAAAUAAAGAGAAUGCGGCGCCUGCUGCCGCCGCCGAAGAAGAUGGCUUAGGUGCUGAUGAAAAAGCUGAAAAUAAAAUGAAAAAUCGUUUAAGAAAAGGUGCUCUCAAAAAGAAGAAUGUGUUCAAUGUUAAAGGUCAUCUUUUUAUACCAAGAUUUUUCAAACAACCAACAUUUUGUUCACAUUGCAAGGAUUUCAUAUGGUGAGUUUACAUUUAAGUGUUACUGAAAGAUUUAACGUUUCAUCAUUGCUAUAGAUGUGAGUGAUGGUAAAAAUUUUAAAGUUACAUAGAAUUACGUAGAGCUACUGGAUUUUUAAAUUAAU